AUGAGUCCAGUAAUAAUCGUAACUGGUGCCAACAAGGGCAUCGGAUACGAAAUAUCUAAAAAGCUUAUCGCUGAUGGUGCCAAGGUCAUCAUGACUGCCAGAGAUCAAGCCAGACUUGAUGAGGCUGCUAAUAAGUUGAAGCCGUUUGGCGCUGUUAAGCUCGAUGUGACUGACGAUGCAUCAGUAGAAGAAGCGAAACGAGAGAUAUCACGUUUGGCGCCUGCUAUUGACGGUCUAGU